CUCAAAGAGAAUAAACUAGAUCAAAUGAAAGUGGAACUUCAAAAUCAACAAAAGGAAAUGGAUUACAUGAAAAACAACACAAUAAUGGAAAGAAUCGAUAUGGAGAAUUUGGAACAAAAGAGAGAUGAGUUGGCCAGAGACUACGAAAACCUCAGCAUUCAGAAACAAGCUUUUGAGAAUGAGAAAUAUGACAUGUAUAAUAUGAGGGCAGAACUACACAAAGAGAAAGAAGAUAUCCUGAAGCUAAAGCUAAACCUUCACAUAGAAGGACAAAGGUUUGCAGCAGAGAUAGAAAAAGAGAGACAGCAUCUUGUUGAUGAGGCCAAACUUAAAAAUGACAUCCUGAAUGAAAUGCAAGCUGAGAUAGAAAGACAGCAACUAGCCAUUGCUAUAGACAAAGAGAUGAUUACAAACGAAAGGUUGGAUCUGGAGAAAACCAAGGAAGAUUUCAAAAGGCAGUGUGUUAUCCAGUCGGCGGAGAAUGACAUCACACGGACUGAGCUGCAGAAAGAGAGGGAUACUCUUGAUCAGAUUGAUGUGGAGAUCUUAAGACAAAAAUAUGACCUUGAGAGAAAUAAGGCUGAGCUGUUAGAGCAGAAGCAGCUGAUGGAGAUCAAUUUGAGGGAAAUGCUUAAGAAGGAUACUGAAAAUGUGGACCACCUUAAGAAACAGCUGUUGGAGGAGAAGAAAUCAAUCGAGGAAAGCAAGAAACAACUGGAAAAAGACAUAAAUGACAUGAAGCAAAAGAAAUCAAUCCUGAAUGAAGAAUUAGAGUUGAUAAAAAUCAACAAAAAAAAUAUUCAAGAUGAAAAAGGUGAUCUUGAGCAAAUGAAAGCAGAGCUCCAAAGGAAAACUGAGGCUAUAGAAAAGUCAAUGCAAGAGAUGAGUGAGAAUAGGAAAGAUGCACUUGAGGGAGAUACUGAAGAUAGCAAAAUUAAAGCAGACCUAUAUAAACAAAAAGAGGUGUUGGAAACGUAUGCCAAAAAGCUUAAAGAAUGCAAAAUUGAACUACAGAAGGCAAAAACUGAGACAGAAAAAAUUAGGAAUGAUUCUGAUCUUGAAAGACAGGCAAUAAAACAGAUGGAAGAAAAUGUACAAAAGGAAAGAGAAAGUAUUGAGGAUAUCAGACGUAAUCUACUUAAUCAGGAAGAGGAAAUUGAAAAAGAAAAGAUAGCAGUAAAGAUGAGAAGUCAUGAACUACAUCUCCUCCUAGCAGAAACAGAAAAACUAAAAGAAGAGAUGGUUAAACAAAGGGAUGAAUCAGAGCAAGGAAUACAAGAAGAGCGAAGGAGACUAAAGAUGGCAGAGGAGGAAUGGGCUGCACACAUUAAAAAGUUGCAAGAAGAGAUUGACAAAGAGAAAGUUCUAAAGGCUGAAUUAGCAAAAGAACAAGAAUCAAAUGAUGAAAAGUUGAAAGAGGUCAUGAGAGAAAUGGAAAAAUAUUAUAAGAUGACAGCGCUCCAGCAAAAGCAAAGAGAAGAAAACGAAAAGGAUUUGGAAGAAACCAAACGUGAGAAACAAGAACUGGAAGACAUCAGAUUAAAUAUUCGAAUUCAAAAAGAGGAGUUUGAGACAAAAAGGCAUUCCGAGAUGGAGAAACUCAUUAGUAUGAGAGCUGAAAUACAGAAGAAAAGCCAAGAAUUAGAGGACAAGAUUCAAAAGACUAAACUUGAGAUGGGAGAACUGAAGCUUCUUCAUGAUGAAACUGAUAGCAAGAGGAAAGAUCUUGAUGAAAGGAUGAGACAGGUUGUAAGAAAAAGAGAUGAGAUGGAGAAAAUAAGGGCUGACAUAGAAAAUGCAAAUGAGAAACUUAAAAUGGAAAGGAUAAUGCUAAGUAUAGAGCGGGGUGAGAUGGAACAACUAAAAGCCGAGAUUCAAAGAGCAAAAGAGGGAAUGGAAUCCCCCAUGGAAGAGAGAGGUGGCGAUCUGGAGGAAAGGGAACAGAUGAACAUUGAGUUACAGAGGCUUAUUCAAGAGGUUGAAAAGACUGGUCAAAUGUCUUGGAAAACAGAAUAUGAUCCAGAAAAAAGGAUGGAGAGAGGUGAUGUUGUUGAAGUAGAGGAAAGACAAGAAAUGAUUGCUUACAUGCAGAAAUUGAUCCACGAAAUUGAGCAUAUUAGAAAAGUUCUCAGAAGAAUGAAAGAUGAAGUCAACACAACUAGGAAUGAAAGACUUGAACUGGAGAAUAUGAGGCAAGAAGUUGAAGCCACGAGACAGAAAAUUAAAGAAACUUAUGAGCAGCAGAAGAAUGAGAUACAACAUGAAAGACAGCUAAUAGAAAGAAGCAAAGACUUGUUGAGUAGAGAGAGAAGUGAGCUUGAGAAAAAAAGAGAUGCUUUGGAGAGUCAAAUACAAGAAAUGACAUUGGAAAAACAAAAACUACAUAAUCAAUCUGAACUACUGCAUAAAGCAAAGGCUGACACACAGAAGAAGUCUGAGAUUCUAGAAAGCCUUCUAGAAGAGACAACCAGAGAGAAAGCAGAAGAUACAUUACCCAGGGGAAAGGAAGGAGCUGAGAGUUCCUCUGAAAUGACAGAGGGAGUGUCAGUGGAUUUAACAGAUAAAAUGGAAGCAUUAAGCAUUGACGACCCACAAGAUGUUACAACUGAGAAAAGUGAGAGUAUGAUGGAAGAAGUGAACAGAAAAAUAGAAAAAGUGACAGGGAUGAAGGCUGAGGGGCAUCGACAACAGUUAGAACUUGAAAAGAGUAAAGUAGAUAUAAACCAUCAGAGGGCUGAGCUAGGAAAAAUGAGGUCUGUUAUAUUAAAAAGUGAAAGGAACACUGAAAGUAGAGAGUCAGGAUUACCAUCAGGUGAGGUGGAAUUGAUAGAAAUACAGAGACAGAAAGAAGAAUUAGAAGAAAGAAUUCAAAAAAUUAUACAUGAGAAGAGAGAACUGGAAGUCAUUAGGUCUGAGAUAGUCCUAGAAAAGAAGGACCUGGAUCAGAAAAUGAAACAAGUAGUGAGAAAAAGGGAUGAAAUGGAGAGGAUAAAGACUGAGAUAGCAAAGGCCAGAGAAGAGAUCAUCAGAGAGGGGAAAGAGCUGGAGCUGUUAAGGAAUAGCAUUCAAAGCACUAGAGAUGAUUUUGAACUCUUGGUAGAGAGAACUACCAAUCUAGAAGAUGACGAUACUACAAACACUGACAUUCAAAGGCUCAUUUUAGAGGUAGAUAAAAUCAGGGACAUGGUGCGUGAUCUGAAAUAUGACAUGGAGAGCAGGAUGGAGGAAAGAAAGACAGAAAAGCAUGAAAAAGAAAGCUUCAAAUCUGAGAUCCAGAGGCUAAUUCAAGAUAUUGGACAAAUACGAGAAAAUCUAGGAAGACUUAGAGAAGAGCUAGAAACCACCAGAAGACACAAGAAUCAAUUGGAGAGGAAAAGGGUAGAACUUGUACAGGAGCAACGAGACCAAGACAGCAUGAGAGAAAUACUGCAGAAAGAAAGAAAAGAGCUGGAAAAAAUCAAGGACGACUUAAACCGAGAAAAGGAAUAUCUAGAAACAGAAAGAAAAUUAGACAAGGUAGAAUUGGUCAAAGAAAAAGUUAAGGACACAGAAGAAAUAGCUAUCCAGAAGUCAAAGGAAGAACUUCAAAGGGUCACUGAGGAACUACUGAGAAAUAAGAGUGAUCUGGAACAUGUGUUGAACGAUAUACAAAGCCUGAGGCAAACCAAGGAAGAAAUGAAAGCAUUGCAUGAAAAGAAAAAGAGUGAACUGGAAGCAAUAACUUCUGAGUUAAAAAGGAGAGAGCAGAUACUAGAGAAGCAGAAAAAUCUGCUUGAGGAGGAGGGACGAAUAGUUAAAGAAAUAGAUAAAAAGAAAGAGAAACUUGAGAAGAUAAAUUUGGAAAUGCUGAAUAAAAGAGAAGAUAUUGCAAAAGAGAACGAUAAUGCAAAGCAAGAAAGGCAAGAGUUAGAGCUCUUCAGGGAUGACCUACAAAGACAAAGAGAUUAUGCUGAAUCUUUAAAACAAGAUUUGAUGAAGGUGAAUGAUCGGUUAGAAGACCAAAAAUCUGAAAUUAACAAACAAAAGCAUGAGAUGCGCACUGCCUAUGAGAAAGAAUGGAAAAAUCUAGAAAAGAUGAGGUUGGAGCUAGAAAACAAGAGAGUUGAACUUGAAGAUAGAAUUAGAGGUACCAGAAAGAUGGAGGAGACUCUAGAGGAGAUUAAGAAUGAACUAAACAAAGAAAAAGAGUAUGUGAAAGGAAUGAAGCAGCUAGUCAGCAAGGAGAGGGAUUUGAUUGAACAAGAGAAAGAUAGUUUAAGAAAACAGACACAAGAGGUAGAUAUCAUGAAUCAAAAUAUUAAAAAGGAAAAAUCAGGGCUGAGAGUUGCCCGUGAUGAACUUCAAAAGAAUUUAGAAGUCAUAGAAAUCCUCAAGCAGGAAAUAAACAGUAAGAAAGACCAAAUUCUUAAACUUCAAAUUCAAAGUGAGCAUAUGGAAAAGAUCAUUAAAGAAAUGGAGACUGAGAAAAAAGAUUUGGAUAUAAUGAGAGCUGAACUGCUAAAUGAAAAGAUAGAACUGAAAAAUGACAGGGAUAUUUAUGAAAUGGAAAACACUAAUCUGCAAUUUAAUAAAGAAAAGUUAGUGAGAGAAACGGAGGACCUGGAAACAAAAGCGUCACAACAGAGAGUAAAGAAUGAGAAGGCAAUACAUGAGAUUCAAAAUCAGAGAGAGGCUCUAGAACAGAUGAGAGUGGACAGAGCAAAAGACAGAGAUGAUAUUGUCAAAGAGAAGGAUCACAUACUUUCAGAAAGGCAAAAACUGCUCACACUUAAAGGAGAGUUGCAAAGAAAGGAAAGUGAGCUUGACUACAGAAUGCAAACUCUCAUGAACGAGAAACAGACGCUGAAACAGACUCAAGAUGAAAUGUAUGAAAUGCAAGAAAAGAUUAAAAGUAAUCUGAACAGAAAAGAAGUGGAAAUUGAAGAAGAGAGACAAAAAUUAAUAGAAAUGGAUGAAACUAUGAAGAAUGAAAAGAAUGAAUAUAGAAAGUUGUUUGAAGAGGUACAGAAAGAAAAUGAACUUCAGUGUCAAAGACAACAAAUGGAAGAGGACAUGACAAUGAAAGCUGCGAAGAAGAGAGAAGAAAUCAAUCAGCUUUUUGAGCAACUAAAUGCACAAGAAGAAGAGAUACAAGUUAAAAAAGAAAAACUACUGGAAGAGAGAGAAGAUUUUGAACAAUCAAAGGCUGAGUUCCUGCUGAAUGUCCUUGAGAACACCAGAAAGAAACAAGACAUGGAAGAAAAGCUUAAAAAGGCAAACAUGGAAUAUGAUAGUGUCAUAGAAGAAACAAACAGGAAAAGGAAUGAACUAGAGAGAAUACAUUUUGAUAUAUCAGAGCAAACCCAAAACAUUAAGACCAAGAAAGAGCUUCUGGAGAAAGAGAGAAAGGACAUUGACAUGGAAAGGGAAGAGUUGCUGAGAAGAGCUGAUGAACUGGAGCUGCAAAGAACAAAACUCAAGGAAAAAGAAGACAUGAUUAAAAUAGCAAUGAAGGAAGAGAGGACGUUUGUUGAGCAGAAGGGUGAUGAAAUCUUGAGACAGAAAGAUGAGUUACAGAAGAAAAAAGCAGAUAUGAUUCAGAAGCAGUGCGAACUAGACAUUCUUCAGGAAGAAAUACAACAAAAAAGGGAUAAAAUGGAAGAAGCAGAAAACAAGUUACAGACUGAAAAGUCUUUGCUUGAGCAGGGAAAGACUGAAAUGAAUCAACAGCAGCAAAGACUGGAAGAGAGUUUAAGAGCCAUGAAUGAGGAGAGGAGUGAUCUGGAAAAGAGGAAGAUUGAAUCUGAAGCACACAGACAACAAAUGGUAAAAGAGAUGAGAGUAAAAGCAAAGAUGGAGAGGGAUGAACUUGAUCAGUUAAAGAGUGAACUGGAAAGAAAAAAGACUGAAAUAAAUCAUGAGCAGCAGAAACUGGAUGAUGACAAGAAAGUGAUUGAACAGGAAAAAUCUGACCUAGAGAAAAUGAGAUCUGAAAUAAUGAAACAAAAAUUGCAAAUGGAAGAAGACAGCAGAGAGAUAAUCAAACUAGAGAGAUCAGAACUUGACCAGAAAAUAGAAGACAUUGAGGUAGAAAAAUCUGGAAUUGAAAAGAGCAAGGUAACACUACAGAAGUUAAAGAAUGAAGUGGAAGAACAUAUAAAUGAAAUAACAGUCCAAAAAGAAGAAAUUGAACAUGAGAGACAAAAGAUCAUGAAUGAAAAAGCUUCACUGGCUCAAAGCAAGGCUGAACUGAAUAAGGAAAGUCAACAGAUCAGGGACAUGGAGGAGGAAAUAAAGAAGGAAAGGGAAACAUUGAAGGAAAAAGAAGGCCAUCUACGAAAGGAAAAAGAAGAAAUUGAGAACGUUAUUGAAGAAACAAGGAGAAGAAAAGAGGAUAUGGAAAAGUUAAGCACAGACAUAACCAAACAAAAACAGGAGUUGCAGAGUUCCAGAAAACUUCUAGAACAGGAAAGAGAAGAAAUACACAUUAAAAGGACACAGUUACAACAAAGAAUUCUUGAUUUUGAGGAUAAUGUAAAACAACAAAGGGAAGAUAGCAUGAAAGAACAGCAGAAUAUAGAAAACCAAAGAAAUUGUCUAGAGCAGUCCAAAGCUGAGAUCCUGGAACUGAAGACUAAAGCUGUGCUGGAGCAAGAAGAAAUAAACCAAAGGAAUCAUGAGUUGAAUACACUGAAAGACGAGAUCAUUAAAGAGAAAGAGGAACUACACGAAAGUAGAAACAAGGUUUUAACUGAAACAGCCGCACUUAAGAUGAGAGCUUCUGAAAUAAACCAACAGCAGCAAGAGCUGGCUGAGAAGUUAAAAGAGACGAUAGAGGAGAGAAAUGGACUUGAAACAUUGCGAAAUGAACUUCAGUGUCAAAGACAACAAAUGGAAGAGGACAUGACAAUGAAAGCUGCGAAGAAGAGAGAAGAAAUCGAUCAGCUUUUUGAGCAACUAAAUGCACAAGAAGAAGAGAUACAAGUUAAAAAAGAAAAACUACUGGAAGAGAGAGAAGAUUUUGAACAAUCAAAGGCUGAGUUCCUCCUGAAUGUCCUUGAGAACACCAGAAAGAAACAAGACAUGGAAGAAAAGCUUAAAAAGGCAAACAUGGAAUAUGAUAGUGUCAUAGAAGAAACAAACAGGAAAAGGAAUGAACUAGAGAGAAUACAUUUUGAUAUAUCAGAGCAAACCCAAAACAUUAAGACCAAGAAAGAGCUUCUGGAGAAAGAGAGAAAGGACAUUGACAUGGAAAGGGAAGAGUUGCUGAGAAGAGCUGAUGAACUGGAGCUGCAAAGAACAAAACUCAAGGAAAAAGAAGAGAUGAUUAAAAUAGCAAUGGAGGAAGAGAGGACGUUUGUUGAGCAGAAGGGUGAUGAAAUCUUGAGACAGAAAGAUGAGUUACAGAAGAAAAAAGCAGAUAUGAUUCAGAAGCAGUGCGAACUAGACAUUCUUCAGGAAGAAAUACAACAAAAAAGGGAUAAAAUGGAAGAAGCAGAAAACAAGUUACAGACUGAAAAGUCUUUGCUUGAGCAGGGAAAGACUGAAAUGAAUCAACAGCAGCAAAGACUGGAAGAGAGUUUAAGAGCCAUGAAUGAGGAGAGGAGUGAUCUGGAAAAGAGGAAGAUUGAAUCUGAAGCACACAGACAACAAAUGGUAAAAGAGAUGAGAGUAAAAGCAAAGAUGGAGAGGGAUGAACUUGAUCAGUUAAAGAGUGAACUGGAAAGAAAAAAGACUGAAAUAAAUCAUGAGCAGCAGAAACUGGAUGAUGACAAGAAAGUGAUUGAACAGGAAAAAUCUGACCUAGAGAAAAUGAGAUCUGAAAUAAUGAAACAAAAAUUGCAAAUGGAAGAAGACAGCAGAGAGAUAAUCAAACUAGAGAGAUCAGAACUUGACCAGAAAAUAGAAGACAUUGAGGUAGAAAAAUCUGGAAUUGAAAAGAGCAAGGUAACACUACAGAAGUUAAAGAAUGAAGUGGAAGAACAUAUAAAUGAAAUAACAGUCCAAAAAGAAGAAAUUGAACAUGAGAGACAAAAGAUCAUGAAUGAAAAAGCUUCACUGGCUCAAAGCAAGGCUGAACUGAAUAAGGAAAGUCAACAAAUCAGGGACAUGGAGGAGGAAAUAAAGAAGGAAAGGGAAACAUUGAAGGAAAAAGAAGGCCAUCUACGAAAGGAAAAAGAAGAAAUUGAGAGCGUUAUUGAAGAAACAAGGAGAAGAAAAGAGGAUAUGGAAAAGUUAAGCACAGACAUAACCAAACAAAAACAGGAGUUGCAGAAUUCCAGAAAACUUCUAGAACAGGAAAGAGAAGAAAUACACAUUAAAAGGACACAGUUACAACAAAGAAUUCUUGAUUUUGAGGAUAAUGUAAAACAACAAAGGGAAGAUAGCAUGAAAGAACAGCAGAAUAUAGAAAACCAAAGAAAUUGUCUAGAGCAGUCCAAAGCUGAGAUCCUGGAACUGAAGACUAAAGCUGUGCUGGAGCAAGAAGAAAUAAACCAAAGGAAUCAUGAGUUGAAUACACUGCAAGACGAGAUCAUUAAAGAGAAAGAGGAACUACACGAAAGUAGAAACAAGCAGCAAGAGCUGGCUGAGAAGUUAAAAGAGACGAUAGAGGAGAGAAAUGGACUUGAAACAUUGCGAAAUGAACUUCAGUGUCAAAGACAACAAAUGGAAGAGGACAUGACAAUGAAAGCUGCGAAGAAGAGAGAAGAAAUCGAUCAGCUUUUUGAGCAACUAAAUGCACAAGAAGAAGAGAUACAAGUUAAAAAAGAAAAACUACUGGAAGAGAGAGAAGAUUUUGAACAAUCAAAGGCUGAGUUCCUGCUGAAUGUCCUUGAGAACACCAGAAAGAAACAAGACAUGGAAGAAAAGCUUAAAAAGGCAAACAUGGAAUAUGAUAGUGUCAUAGAAGAAACAAACAGGAAAAGGAAUGAACUAGAGAGAAUACAUUUUGAUAUAUCAGAGCAAACCCAAAACAUUAAGACCAAGAAAGAGCUUCUGGAGAAAGAGAGAAAGGACAUUGACAUGGAAAGGGAAGAGUUGCUGAGAAGAGCUGAUGAACUGGAGCUGCAAAGAACAAAACUCAAGGAAAAAGAAGAGAUGAUUAAAAUAGCAAUGGAGGAAGAGAGGACGUUUGUUGAGCAGAAGGGUGAUGAAAUCUUGAGACAGAAAGAUGAGUUACAGAAGAAAAAAGCAGAUAUGAUUCAGAAGCAGUGCGAACUAGACAUUCUUCAGGAAGAAAUACAACAAAAAAGGGAUAAAAUGGAAGAAGCAGAAAACAAGUUACAGACUGAAAAGUCUUUGCUUGAGCAGGGAAAGACUGAAAUGAAUCAACAGCAGCAAAGACUGGAAGAGAGUUUAAGAGCCAUGAAUGAGGAGAGGAGUGAUCUGAAAAGAGGAAGAUUGAAUCUGAAGCACACAGACAACAAAUGGAAAAAGAAGGCCAUCUACGUAAAGGAAAAAGAAGAAAUUGAGAGCGUUAUUGAAGAAACAAGGAGAAGAAAAGAGGAUAUGGAAAAGUUAAGCACAGACAUAACCAAACAAAAACAGGAGUUGCAGAAUUCCAGAAAACUUCUAGAACAGGAAAGAGAAGAAAUACACAUUAAAAGGACACAGUUACAACAAAGAAUUCUUGAUUUUGAGGAUAAUGUAAAACAACAAAGGGAAGAUAGCAUGAAAGAACAGCAGAAUAUAGAAAACCAAAGAAAUUGUCUAGAGCAGUCCAAAGCUGAGAUCCUGGAACUGAAGACUAAAGCUGUGCUGGAGCAAGAAGAAAUAAACCAAAGGAAUCAUGAGUUGAAUACACUGCAAGACGAGAUCAUUAAAGAGAAAGAGGAACUACACGAAAGUAGAAACAAGGUUUUAACUGAAACAGCCGCACUUAAGAUGAGAGCUUCUGAAAUAAACCAACAGCAGCAAGAGCUGGCUGAGAAGUUAAAAGAGACGAUAGAGGAGAGAAAUGGACUUGAAACAUUGCGAAAUGAACUUCAGUGUCAAAGACAACAAAUGGAAGAGGACAUGACAAUGAAAGCUGCGAAGAAGAGAGAAGAAAUCGAUCAGCUUUUUGAGCAACUAAAUGCACAAGAAGAAGAGAUACAAGUUAAAAAAGAAAAACUACUGGAAGAGAGAGAAGAUUUUGAACAAUCAAAGGCUGAGUUCCUGCUGAAUGUCCUUGAGAACACCAGAAAGAAACAAGACAUGGAAGAAAAGCUUAAAAAGGCAAACAUGGAAUAUGAUAGUGUCAUAGAAGAAACAAACAGGAAAAGGAAUGAACUAGAGAGAAUACAUUUUGAUAUAUCAGAGCAAACCCAAAACAUUAAGACCAAGAAAGAGCUUCUGGAGAAAGAGAGAAAGGACAUUGACAUGGAAAGGGAAGAGUUGCUGAGAAGAGCUGAUGAACUGGAGCUGCAAAGAACAAAACUCAAGGAAAAAGAAGAGAUGAUUAAAAUAGCAAUGGAGGAAGAGAGGACGUUUGUUGAGCAGAAGGGUGAUGAAAUCUUGAGACAGAAAGAUGAGUUACAGAAGAAAAAAGCAGAUAUGAUUCAGAAGCAGUGCGAACUAGACAUUCUUCAGGAAGAAAUACAACAAAAAAGGGAUAAAAUGGAAGAAGCAGAAAACAAGUUACAGACUGAAAAGUCUUUGCUUGAGCAGGGAAAGACUGAAAUGAAUCAACAGCAGCAAAGACUGGAAGAGAGUUUAAGAGCCAUGAAUGAGGAGAGGAGUGAUCUGGAAAAGAGGAAGAUUGAAUCUGAAGCACACAGACAACAAAUGGUAAAAGAGAUGAGAGUAAAAGCAAAGAUGGAGAGGGAUGAACUUGAUCAGUUAAAGAGUGAACUGGAAAGAAAAAAGACUGAAAUAAAUCAUGAGCAGCAGAAACUGGAUGAUGACAAGAAAGUGAUUGAACAGGAAAAAUCUGACCUAGAGAAAAUGAGAUCUGAAAUAAUGAAACAAAAAUUGCAAAUGGAAGAAGACAGCAGAGAGAUAAUCAAACUAGAGAGAUCAGAACUUGACCAGAAAAUAGAAGACAUUGAGGUAGAAAAAUCUGGAAUUGAAAAGAGCAAGGUAACACUACAGAAGUUAAAGAAUGAAGUGGAAGAACAUAUAAAUGAAAUAACAGUCCAAAAAGAAGAAAUUGAACAUGAGAGACAAAAGAUCAUGAAUGAAAAAGCUUCACUGGCUCAAAGCAAGGCUGAACUGAAUAAGGAAAGUCAACAGAUCAGGGACAUGGAGGAGGAAAUAAAGAAGGAAAGGGAAACAUUGAAGGAAAAAGAAGGCCAUCUACGAAAGGAAAAAGAAGAAAUUGAGAGCGUUAUUGAAGAAACAAGGAGAAGAAAAGAGGAUAUGGAAAAGUUAAGCACAGACAUAACCAAACAAAAACAGGAGUUGCAGAAUUCCAGAAAACUUCUAGAACAGGAAAGAGAAGAAAUACACAUUAAAAGGACACAGUUACAACAAAGAAUUCUUGAUUUUGAGGAUAAUGUAAAACAACAAAGGGAAGAUAGCAUGAAAGAACAGCAGAAUAUAGAAAACCAAAGAAAUUGUCUAGAGCAGUCCAAAGCUGAGAUCCUGGAACUGAAGACUAAAGCUGUGCUGGAGCAAGAAGAAAUAAACCAAAGGAAUCAUGAGUUGAAUACACUGCAAGACGAGAUCAUUAAAGAGAAAGAGGAACUACACGAAAGUAGAAACAAGGUUUUAACUGAAACAGCCGCACUUAAGAUGAGAGCUUCUGAAAUAAACCAACAGCAGCAAGAGCUGGCUGAGAAGUUAAAAGAGACGAUAGAGGAGAGAAAUGGACUUGAAACAUUGCGAAAUGAACUUCAGUGUCAAAGACAACAAAUGGAAGAGGACAUGACAAUGAAAGCUGCGAAGAAGAGAGAAGAAAUCGAUCAGCUUUUUGAGCAACUAAAUGCACAAGAAGAAGAGAUACAAGUUAAAAAAGAAAAACUACUGGAAGAGAGAGAAGAUUUUGAACAAUCAAAGGCUGAGUUCCUGCUGAAUGUCCUUGAGAACACCAGAAAGAAACAAGACAUGGAAGAAAAGCUUAAAAAGGCAAACAUGGAAUAUGAUAGUGUCAUAGAAGAAACAAACAGGAAAAGGAAUGAACUAGAGAGAAUACAUUUUGAUAUAUCAGAGCAAACCCAAAACAUUAAGACCAAGAAAGAGCUUCUGGAGAAAGAGAGAAAGGACAUUGACAUGGAAAGGGAAGAGUUGCUGAGAAGAGCUGAUGAACUGGAGCUGCAAAGAACAAAACUCAAGGAAAAAGAAGAGAUGAUUAAAAUAGCAAUGAAGGAAGAGAGGACGUUUGUUGAGCAGAAGGGUGAUGAAAUCUUGAGACAGAAAGAUGAGUUACAGAAGAAAAAAGCAGAUAUGAUUCAGAAGCAGUGCGAACUAGACAUUCUUCAGGAAGAAAUACAACAAAAAAGGGAUAAAAUGGAAGAAGCAGAAAACAAGUUACAGACUGAAAAGUCUUUGCUUGAGCAGGGAAAGACUGAAAUGAAUCAACAGCAGCAAAGACUGGAAGAGAGUUUAAGAGCCAUGAAUGAGGAGAGGAGUGAUCUGGAAAAGAGGAAGAUUGAAUCUGAAGCACACAGACAACAAAUGGUAAAAGAGAUGAGAGUAAAAGCAAAGAUGGAGAGGGAUGAACUUGAUCAGUUAAAGAGUGAACUGGAAAGAAAAAAGACUGAAAUAAAUCAUGAGCAGCAGAAACUGGAUGAUGACAAGAAAGUGAUUGAACAGGAAAAAUCUGACCUAGAGAAAAUGAGAUCUGAAAUAAUGAAACAAAAAUUGCAAAUGGAAGAAGACAGCAGAGAGAUAAUCAAACUAGAGAGAUCAGAACUUGACCAGAAAAUAGAAGACAUUGAGGUAGAAAAAUCUGGAAUUGAAAAGAGCAAGGUAACACUACAGACGUUAAAGAAUGAAGUGGAAGAACAUAUAAAUGAAAUAACAGUCCAAAAAGAAGAAAUUGAACAUGAGAGACAAAAGAUCAUGAAUGAAAAAGCUUCACUGGCUCAAAGCAAGGCUGAACUGAAUAAGGAAAGUCAACAAAUCAGGGACAUGGAGGAGGAAAUAAAGAAGGAAAGGGAAACAUUGAAGGAAAAAGAAGGCCAUCUACGAAAGGAAAAAGAAGAAAUUGAGAGCGUUAUUGAAGAAACAAGGAGAAGAAAAGAGGAUAUGGAAAAGUUAAGCACAGACAUAACCAAACAAAAACAGGAGUUGCAGAAUUCCAGAAAACUUCUAGAACAGGAAAGAGAAGAAAUACACAUUAAAAGGACACAGUUACAACAAAGAAUUCUUGAUUUUGAGGAUAAUGUAAAACAACAAAGGGAAGAUAGCAUGAAAGAACAGCAGAAUAUAGAAAACCAAAGAAAUUGUCUAGAGCAAUCCAAAGCUGAGAUCCUGGAACUGAAGACUAAAGCUGUGCUGGAGCAAGAAGAAAUAAACCAAAGGAAUCAUGAGUUGAAUACACUGCAAGACGAGAUCAUUAAAGAGAAAGAGGAACUACACGAAAGUAGAAACAAGGUUUUAACUGAAACAGCCGCACUUAAGAUGAGAGCUUCUGAAAUAAACCAACAGCAGCAAGAGCUGGCUGAGAAGUUAAAAGAGACGAUAGAGGAGAGAAAUGGACUUGAAACAUUGCGAAAUGAACUUCAGUGUCAAAGACAACAAAUGGAAGAGGACAUGACAAUGAAAGCUCUGAAGAAGAGAGAAGAAAUCGAUCAGCUUUUUGAGCAACUAAAUGCACAAGAAGAAGUGAUACAAGUUAAAAAAGAAAAACUACUGGAAGAGAGAGAAGAUUUUGAACAAUCAAAGGCUGAGUUCCUGCUGAAUGUCCUUGAGAACACCAGAAAGAAACAAGAAAUGGAAGAAAAGCUUAAAAAGGCAAACAUGGAAUAUGAUAGUGUCAUAGAAGAAACAAACAGGAAAAGGAAUGAACUAGAGAGAAUAAUUGUGGAUAUAUCAGAGCAAACCCAAAACAUUAAGACCAAGAAAGAGCUUCUGGAGAAAGAGAGAAAGGACAUUGACAUGGAAAGGGAAGAGUUGCUGAGAAGAGCUGAUGAACUGGAGCUGCAAAGUGCAAAACUCAAGGAAAAAGAAGAGAUGAGUAAAACAGAAAUGGAGAAAGAGAGGAAGUUUGUUGUGCAGAAAAGUUAUGAAAUCUCAAGGAAGAGAGAUGAAUUAGAGGAGGACAAAGAGGACAUGUUGAAGAAGCAGAGUGAGCUGGAUGCUCUUCAGAAGGAAAUACUAGAAAAAAGAGAUGCAGUUGAAACAGUCAAAUAUGAAUUACAGACUAAAAAGAAUGAACUAAAUAUACAACAUCAAAGACUAGAGGAAAGUUUAAGGUCAAUGAAUGAGGAAAGAAGUGAUGUGGAAAAUAUUGAAUCUGAAGCACACAGACAACAAAUGGAACUAGAAAUGAGAGCGAAAUCAAAGAUGGAGAGGGAGGAACUUGAUAGGAGAAUGGACAAAAUAUUGAUGGAACAACAAGAAAUUGAAAGAACCAAGAACAUGACAGACCACCAAAUGAAAGAGAUAGAGCAAGCAAGAGCAGAACUGAGUACUCAAAAGAAGGAGAUCAGACUUGAAAAGCAGAAAAUGCUGAAUGAGAAAAAAGACCUGAAGCAAUCCAAGGGCUUAAAACUUAAAGGGCCACAUGUUGAACUGUGGGAAGAAGCCUCGCCAGGAGAACAGAUACAAAGGGAAAGAGAUGAAAUCAACAAACUCUUGUCUGAGCUUCAAAGGGAAAAAGAGGGACUUGAAAGAAACAAAAAGCUGAUAGAAAGUCAGAAAGAGACCCUGGAAGAGAUGGAGAGUGAACAACUGAAAAAGAGGCAGGCAGUCAUCUUGGUUAGUUCUGCAACACAAACAUCACUCUCUGAUGUAGGUGAGAUAGGUGACAUUUCAACCCCAAUUCAGGAAGUGAGGGUUGUGGAGCAAAUAGAAAAACAAAAGGCAUACUCAGCCUUCGUAACAAAGGGAAGAGAAUAUGAGAGAAUGGGAGAUGAGGAGGAAAGCAUGGCUGACAAGAUACAAAUGGAGAACAUGGAGCUCAGAAUGAGAAGUGAACAGGGGACCAAAAUCAAGGCAAGUCGAGAGGACACUGCACUGACAGCACAAGAUAAAUAUAUACCAGGUCCAUCCACGAUUGAGAGCGACAAGACAGUAAAGUUGGAAUUUGAGAAGGAUGAAACAGAUGGCCUUACUGAGAAGCUGAAAGCUGAACUGGACAAGACCUUGCUUGAAAAAAUCAGACAAGAAAUUGACAGAGAAAAGAAGGAUCUGGAGGAAUAUAAGUUAGCUUUGGAAAAAGAACUUGAAGACAUUGAGAUAUGUAGACAAAAUGCAGAAAAUGAGAUAUCUGAGUUAGAAAUGACCAAAGGAAAGAUGGAGAAGGACAUGGAAAGAAUCACAGAGGAGACUAAGAUCAAACAGGUGAGAUUAGAGAGUAUGGAUGUCCAACAUCAAGAAAAGAAGAGAGAAAUGGAAACAAUCUGCAAUGAGACAAAAAGGAGUAGAGAGCAGCUGGAUUUGAUUUAUAUGGAGCUAAAAAGAAAGAGACAAGAGAUGUGCAACACUAAAGAGGCACAACAUAUGGAAGAACAUAAUUUUGGAAAACAAACCACUGACACACUUCCAGAGAGGGUGGAGAGUGUAAAAAUUAGACAGGAAUCACAGAUGUCUGAUGAGGAAGUAAUAAAAAGCCAAAAGUAUGCAUUAGAGAAGGAGAAAGGUGAACUUGUAGAAAUGCAUGCAGCACUUCAGAAGAAGCAAAUGGAAAUAGAAAUGAGUCAAGCAAUACUCGAUUCAGAACGAGAUGAGCUAAACAGAAUGAGAAUUGAUCUGGAGACACAAAAAAAGGAGUUAGAACAUAUCCUGCAAAGCAUAGAGACUGAAAAAGAUGAGCUGAAAUCAAGGUUUAGGAGAACAGAGGACACAGAGUGCAUUUUGGAGGAGGCACUGAAAGAAAAGGAAAGGGUAGAACAGAUGGCAUCCCAACUUACCAAAGAACAGGAAGAAUUUAAAAACAUAAUAAAAGAAACAAAAAGAUUGAUUGAUGAGAUCAAAGUUAUUGAUGAGGUAAUUAAAAUGAAGCAAAAAGAAAUGGAGCAGAUUAAGGACCUGAAACAAAAAGAACUGGAUGAAAUAAAAACCAUGAAUGAGAGAGAAAAUCAAGAGCUGCAGUUCAAGAAAGCGGAAUUCAACAAAAUAAAGACUGAAAUUGAUGCUGAAAAUGAAGAAGUUCAAAGAAUUAAGGAGGCAUGUGAGAGAGAAAGAAUUGAACUGGAACAAAGGAAAGCAGACUUACAAAAUGAAGAGUUACAGCAAAUCAAUGCAAAAGUGCAAUGCGAUGAAAUGCAGCACAUGACGGACUUGAUGAAGAAAGAGAGAGAAGAAAUAGAAAAGAUUAAGGCAGACCUAAAGAAUAAGCAGAAAGAAAUUGAGAACAUGAGGGAACAGAUAACAAGAGAGAAGGAUGAGAUAGAACAGAAAAAAGCAGAAAUGCAGCAAAUGACUGAAGAAAUAAGGGGCACAGCCAGUAACACAGAAAUGGCAGUUCACUUUCAGGAGGGAACAAUUAAAAUCGAAGCAAUCCUCAAUGAAACCAAGAAACAGAAAGAUGGAAAGGAAAUGACAGUCAAAGACAGCAGUCUGAAAGUGGAUGGAAUACAUAUGCCAAAAACAGAUGGAGUAACCCAAUCUAAUGCAGAGACACAAACAUUUGAAACUGCCCAACAUGAUGUUCUCCAACCAAGGGAUUACAUAACACUAGAAAGAGAUGAGCUACAAGUCAUGAGAGCUGAAUUACAGAGGCAAAGUGAUGAAAUGGAGAAUAAAAUGAAAACCAUACAAACUGGCUUGGUUGAGCUUGACGAGGCAAAGGCAGACCUACAGAAAGUGACUGAUGAAUGUACAGCUGCUGAAGAAGAAAGGUUAGAGAUUAUGGAGAGUACAAGGAGGAGGAGGAACAGUCUAGAGAAGGUUCCCGCUGAGGUCCUGAGCCUGAGAGAGCAGAUAAAGCAUCUAACUCAAGCAUGCCAAGACAAAAAGAGUGAACUGCUACAAAUAGAGACAGACGUACAAAAACAGAGGAUGAGGACUGUAAAGACUCAACUGGAUAUUGAUAUUCAGAGCCAGCAAGAAGACAAAGAAGUAAGUGUAAAAGAACAUUCUGAAGACAUUAAGCAGAGGAGAACUCAAGAGACACAAACUGCGGCCCAGACUUCCACAGAGCCGCUACAAACACCGAAAAGUGAUGCUCUACCAUGCAAUGAAGAGAUACAUUUGAUGAAAAACAGGAUACAGGAGAUGAUAGAGGAACUGGAGAAUAGAUUACAAGACAUCCAGAGGAAGGAACUGGAAAGGCUUGGCAUGCACAGAGAUAAAAUAGAGCUGGAGCUAAGAAAAGCAGAGAUCGAAAGAUUUACUGAAGCACUUCAGCAUGAUAGAGAGACUGACAGACUAAAACUCAUGGAACAGGAGAGAGAAAUUCUUCUAUUACGGGAAUAUAUGCUGAUUGAGAUAAAUGAACUGAAGAACAAAGGAGAAGUGACAAGUAUGCAACAUUUGGAGAGGAUGGAGCGCCUCAUCAGUGAUGCAGCUGUAAGGACGGACAGAUUCAGGCAGGUCAUGGACAGAGCAGUGCAAACGCUGACACCUGAGAGAACAGGAGAGGAAAUGGGAGAAGUUCAGAGGGUGACUGUUCAGCAGGUGGAAGGUAUCAGUGGAGAUGCAAGGGUGGAGUUUUCUCUGGACGUCCUGAGUGAGGACAUGGAGGAGGGAGCGCAGGGAGAAUUCCAGAGGGGGGCAUACGGUGGGUCCAUUUCACGGAGAAGGAGACUACUGCAUUGGAUUAGACACUGCUGCAAUAGCUGCUGUCACAUAACUUCAAGACAAACUGAGGAGGAAGAGCAGGGCAUUUUAUAAGCAGAUGUCUUGUGAUAUUUUUACAUGAACAUACAUGAAUCGGAAUGUAUACACGUCUAUGUAUUCAUAUAGUGUGGUGUGAAACAUUUUACUUGACACUUCAAUGUCUACUAAAGGCCUAAAAUAGAACCGAGAUACCACAUACAGUAGCAUAAUAAAUAUUUAGUUACAGUAUAAGUAUUUGUUAGCAACCAGUUCCUUGCUGUUACAUAUUUCAUUCCAACAGCCUUGAGUCCUUUGCACUUUCAAAACACAUUGCAGAUGUUUGCAUAUACAUUAUACUAACUGAUCACUGAAAAAGCAAUAAUAUGCAUACAUGCACUUUUCAUCUGCAAUUAACACCUAGAAAAAAAUCACAGAAAGCAUUAACAUAAUGUAUGCAAAUGCAUGUUUAUAUUUCUGUGUGCAUGUGUGCUGUUUUCCCUAAUGUUCAUUUUGUGAAACACUCUGGGACCUGGAUCAACUGAAGCCAAAAUAAUCUACAUUUAUUUCCCAAUGCUAAUGAACAUAAUUAUCUUGUGUAUUUGUGUUUGUUUGUUUUCUUAUAUCCUCUUCUGUGCCAUUUUUUCCCAGAAGGAACUGAAGUGUUGGGUUCACUAAAUAGGGAACUUUGAAAGUUAGGAAAUUACUUAAAAAGCUAUCUUUGAAACAAGCAAAGCUCUCUGUCAGGAUGGAUAUCGCAAUCUUGUGGCAGUGGUGGCUCAGUGGUUGAGGCUCAGGAUUACUGACCAGAGGGUCGGGGGUUCUGACCAGAAGGUCGGGGGUUCAAGCCCCAGCACCACCAAGAUGCCACUGUUGGGCCCUUGAGCAAGGCACUUAACUCCAGGUUGCUCUGGGGGGAUUGUCCCUGUAAUAAGCUUUGGAUAAAAGCGUCUGCCAAAUGCGUAAAUGUAAAUGUUAUAACUCACUCCACCAGCAUGAAUGCUCUGGUCAUCUUUGUUGUGUUCAUAUUCUUGCUGCUCCACAUUGAAGGGAGUGCUGCAUAUGUGCCCUGUUUAAUGUGGAUUCAAAGUGAUGAAUUUCACAACGAUCCACAGCAUGUCAGACUGCUGCCAGUGAACUGUGCAGGCAGGUCAAUUGCAAAGGUCAUUGAAGGAGCUUUUCAAGUUUCUCCUGAGUUGCACAAUAAAGAGGCAAUUUGCUUUUAAAUAAUAACUCCAUAAAGUUCCCAUUAAGAGAAUCCAACACUCAUUAGUUCCAAAAUAAAUCUAUCCUUAUCUAUUAAGUUUAUCCCAGAGUUCAAAAUUUAGUAAAUUGUUAAAAACAUUGCACACACACACACACAAAAUAUUUAAUUUAAUAUUUAACAUAUUUUACUUGUUCACUUGCUCUUUCCAUUGACCUCUACAGUUGUUUAUUCUAAGCAAAUUACAACCUAAUUAUUAACCCUAAAUUGAACCCUAACUCUCACUUUAACAUAAUAAUGUACAGAAGAUAUUAUUAAGUAAGCUGUUUCCUUGUGGGAGCUGUUGGCUUGUCCCCACAAUGUGAUUUCAGGUUUUACAGAAUGUACCAUGUAGGAAAAGCCUUAACACACAAACUCAAUAUUUAAUGUUUGCAAUGUAUUGCUUUGGAUUUUAAAUAAAAUGCUAUUC